CCCACAAGAAUAUGUACUUUCUAAUUUUGGAAAGUCUUUUCUGUCUAUAAGGUGAGACUUAUUCUCCACUGACAAUACUUUGCUUACUUUUCUGUCUACCUCUCUCUUAUUUUAUUAAUUUUAUAUCGAAACUCAUGUCUAAUCCAAAGUGUAUAUUCUUUGGGAAUGGAGAGAGUAUAUAUUAAUGACAUCUCGGUGACUAGUAGUAAUUCUAGUGUCAUUGCCAAUUUCAAAGAGUAUCUAGAUGGACACUUCAAAUAUAAGGAUCUUGAUACAUCUAUCGGGUGCGUUAAGGUGGCAUCAGUUUUAAAGUGACAACUUGACAACUACGUAGCAUGCAAUCUGCUACAUAGACAAGCAACGCAUAUGGUUCCAAAACAAUCUGUGAUAUGAAAUCAGAGCACUAUGGUGACACCAUAAUUAAAAUGACAAUCUAGGUAAGCAAUCUGCUAUACAUAUGCAAGCAAUCUGUGAUACAUAGGCAAGCAACUCAUCGGCAUAUGGUUCCAAGCAAUCUAGAAUACGAAAUUAGAGAUAAUCAAACAAUCUGCGAUACAUAAGCAAGCAAGUCUACCACGUGACAGUCUAAAAUUAAAUCUGUUCUUAAAAAUAAGGGUCAUCAUUGGUGGUAUGUUGUCAUUUUAAUACAAUCCUACGUCUAUAUACUUUCUUCUAUUUGAGAUAACAUGUAACAAGUCUGGAAUUUUAUCACUCAGCGCAAAUGCGCCACAGACCUUGUCUUUGAUGUUUGUUUCCUAUGCUGCAAACAUGUGAUUUCAAAAAUUAUAAUGUUAUGGUGAACUAUAUUUUGAAAAGCAUUACCACCUUUUGAACUAAAAAUCACCAUAAAAUGCUUAAUAUGCAUAUAUUCCACUAUUAUACUUGUGAUUAGUAAUUUAAAGUACUCCGCAUUUAACAUUUUAAAGUUAUGCAUGAUUUUAUGGUAAUAAAUACAAAAGCACAAAAUGAUGGGUGUAAAAAAAAGAAAGGAAUGAGCAGAAGAAAGAGUGAAAAAAUGGUGGCGUUUUCUUCGGAUUUCCGCACAAGAUAGAUGGAACAAUGAGCAAUUUUCGGAACACAGAGAUGUAUGUAUAUAUCUCCAAACAUUUUCAUCAAAUCCACCAUUUUUCCUCCUUCAAUUCCUCUGCUUUUCUUCAGCGCCUCCAAAGCAGAGGAAUACACGAAACACAGGAACAGACCAUUCAUUCAUUCUGUAGGAUGAGAGAUUUGAUGAUAAAAACGCGCGAACUCGCGCUGGUGUCUCCUCUGCCCGGAAACUCCCCUCGGGCGGACAUAGGGGAGAUCGAUACGAGGGCGCCCUUCCAGUCCGUCAGGGAUGCCGUGUCUCUGUUCGGUGAUGUCACCUCGCCUAGAGGCAAGACGGCUAUUGCCAAAAAGAAGGCGGUGGCGGCGGAAGAGGGAUUGCUCGAAGUAGAGGCUCAGCAUGGCCUGAUGGUGAAGGCGCGUCUAAGCUACAUGCAACAGUUGCGAAUCACUGAAGCCGCGAAGGCGCAAGCUCAGCGCGAGCUGCAGAUGGCCGAGAAGACACUCGAGCAGCUCAACAUUAAGCUCCAAACGCUCAUGGAUUCCAAGGAAGCAUCCGUUGCAGCUACUGGAGCUGCCAAAGUCCGAGCAGUGGAGCUGGAGGAGGAGCGUGCGCAGCUGGACGUUCAUAGGGAAUCCGCCCUCGACAACGAGCGGGAGCUUUGCAAAUCAACCGCAGCAGAACUCGCGGCGUGCGAGGAUGAGCUCGCGAAUUUGAGACGGGAUUACGAUGCCGUCGCGGCGGAGAGGCUCGCGCUGAUCCAGAAAGCAGAAGAAGCCCAAGAUGAGCUUCAGAAGAAGAGCCAGCUUAUGAAGGAAGUCGAACAACUUCAGGAGGCGUUCGAUCAGGUGAAGCAGGCCUCGCUCAAGGCCGAAGAGGAGUACACAAAGCUCAUCGCGGAGAAGGAAGAGUUGUUGCACGGUCAUAAACUAAACAAGGAGCGCAUCGAGAAAGAGAUGAAGCUCUUGGAAGAAGAACAUGUGCCAACCGAAACUCUCCAGGCGAAGCUCGAUGAGACGAUGGAGGCGAUCAGAGUUCUGCAAGAACAGCAGAACGACAUACAGUCCAAGGCUCUACACACCAUCCGGCAGAUGACCACAGAGCUUGACAGCGCCAAAAUGGCGUUGGAAGAAGCCGUGGCAGAGGAAAACUCGCUCCGAGCUUCUAUUGAUUCAACUACAAAGCAACUGGAGGAUGUGAGGAGCGAGCAGAAUCGGAAGCAGAAGGCGGUGUCAGAAGCAGAAUCGACCACUGAGAAAAUGCAGAGCGAUCUAGAGAAGAGCGAGGCUGAGCUCGAGAAAGCCAAGGCAGGAUGUGGUUUCAUUAUGCAAUCUUGUGUGGAGAAGCUUCUAGAAGACGCCGAAAUAGCUAGACACGAAGCAGAAAACAGUAAGAAGAGCGCUGAGUCACUACACGAAGAGGCUAAAGCAACAGUAGCUGUGACCCAGGAAGCGAGUGAAAAGCUCGAGACAGCGUUGAAGGAAGCUGAAGAAGCCAAGGGUGUAGAGAGGCUAGCAGAGGAACAAAUCUAUUGCUAUCAGGGUCACGACGAUGCAGAAUCAAAUAGUUCAGGAUCGACUAGGAGGAUCAAACUGACAGUCGAGGAGUACGACUCUGUUAACGAGAAGAUCAACAAAUCCACAUGCAAUGCCGAUCAAGAAGUGGCCAAUGCCAUUGCCCAGAUAGAGGCUAUAAAUGCAAGAGACAGAGAAAAUUCAGAGAAACUGGAGGCAUUGUUGAAGGAGAACGAGGCCUUACAGUCGGAAAUCAAGGAGGCUCUCAAGGAAGCAGAAAUGGCAGAGGCUGCCCGGAGGUUAGUUGAGACCGAACUCCAGAAAUGGCGUCAAAACGAACACAGUGGAGCUGCAAAAGCCAAAUAGUGAUCAGUACAUAGUUUUUUGGACAUGAGGGUAUAUAUUCAGGAAAGCAAUAGCAAAUCGCUUACUGGCUAGAGAAAAU